AUGUGUGGUGGUAGCACGAUGUUCGCAAGAUCGGAGGUUAAAAAGCAUGCGUCAAGAGAAAGUUGUUGGAUCAUUAUCGAACGCAAGGUCUACGAUGUAACAGCCUUCUUGGACGAACAUCCCGGUGGCGACUCGGUGAUUCUGAGAUAUGCAGGCAAAGAUGCAACAGAUGCUUUUGUUCCUGUGCACCCGGCUGGCACUCUAGAGAAGUACAUGCAGCCAGAUCAGGUGAUAGGCUUGCUCUCUGAUAAAGAAGAAAAGGUGCAAGAUCCUGGAUUGUCUGAAAAGACGAUAUCAAAGAAACCAAGGAGACCGAAACUUUCCUCGAUCAUCAGCUUAGAUGAUUUUGAGAUUGCGGCCUCCAAAAUACUCUCGCCUCGACAUUUUGCCUUUUUCGCAACUGGGGCGGAAGACGAACAAGCGAUCAAAUGGAACCGAGACAGCUGGAAAGCUGUACGUUUCCGUCCGCGUAUGCUCAGGCCGAUUGAGCGCGUGGACUUAUCCACCACUAUCCUUGGCACAGAUUUCUCAUCCCCUUUCUUCAUAUGUCCGGCCGGUGGCGGCAAGCUGGCACACCCCGAUGGUGAGGUGGGCCUCACACGAGCAGCCGGCAAGCACGAAAUACUGCAAUGGGUGUGCAACAAUGCUGGCUGUACGAAAGAACAAAUGGCGGGUGCCAAGACUCCGUCACAGUCUCUGUUCUGGCAGAUCUACGUCAAGGCAAACCUCGCCGAGUCAGAGAAAGAGGUCAAGGAAGCUGUGGCUCUCGGAUACAAAGCUUUCGCGCUGACGGUCGACGCAAUUCGGCCCGGCAAGAGAGAACGCGAUAUCCGGGUGAGCAUGGCGGAAGAGGAUGAGGACUUGGAUGAUGACGAAGAGGAGGCCGAGGUUGAGACGGCGUCGUUUGCCAAGGCCCCUACCGUCAAGCGACCUCCGGUAUGGUCCAGUUUCGACUGGCCCGUUGCUGUGAAGUGGCUUCGAGGUUUGACGGACCUUCCCAUUGCGAUCAAAGGCAUUCAGUGCUGGGAAGACGCCGAGCUCUGUAUGAAACAUGGUGUACAUCCAUGGCUGUCGAAUCACGGAGGUCGCCAGCUUGAUGGCUCGCCCUCGGCAGUCGACACAUUGCUCGAGAUAAGGACGCAUUGCCCACAAGUGUUCGACACGUGUGAGGUCAUCGUCGACGGCGGCGUCAGGAGAGGCUCUGACGUAGUCAAGGCGCUUGCCCUUGGUGCUCGAAGCGUGGGGCUCGGCCGUUCAUUCCUAUACUCGCUGGUACUCGGCGAGCGCGGCGUCGGCAAGGCGAUCGAGAUUUUGAAACACGAAGUCGAGACCACGAUGGCACUUCUUGGGGUUACGUCAAUCAAACAAAUUGAAUUCUCACAUGUUGAGAUGUCCGGCGCGACAUACAUGCAUGGGGCUCGGUCAAGGCUGUAA